AUGGACCCUGCGGCAUUCUCCCGGGUGUCACUGGUCUGCAAACGAUUUGCAUGGCAUUUUGCCCACGAACAGCACAUUUGGAAACGACUUUGCCAGGGCCCUGAAUUUGGCUUCAAGUCUAUGCAUUAUGCUUUUGAUUGCGACCUUCACGGUCAUCCGGAACACACACUAAGCCCUAGUUCUCCCUAUACCCCGUUCCCUAGUGGCACUUCUGUGCAGGUUCCCAAGCCGCUCACCUCAUGGAGUGACGUCUUUCUCACGUACUACCGAUACCUGCGAUUUUACCCGGACGGCACAGUCAUAGCUCUACUCACCACCGUGGAACCUCAGGAAUUGGUUCCACAUAUUAGCAUAGAAAACGUUUUAGAAGCCCGGGCAUCUCACAAGCAUCAUCGACGCCAGCAUCUGGACGCAGGUAAGACUGUGGCAGGAGCCACAGAGCCAAUACCGGCGGUCGCAAUGGGAGCCUUAAAGGACGGUCGCCGGGGUCGUUGGCGCUUGGCCGAUCCUUUUCCAACAUCCGAGACGGGUGCGCGGGCAGAGACUGGCCUCCCUACGGUACAUGGCGGCAAAGACCUGUCGGCCGACGCCUUUGAUCCCAGAGACGUCAUUAUCGAGACAGAAAGUGUAAGCAAGUCGAGCAUUAAUGUUCUCCACUUGUCACUGCGGUCAGCUGCUGCGCACAAGUCUAGCAAUCCGCCGAAGAACACAAAGUUGAUAUGGAAGGGCUAUUGGAGCUACAACAGACUCACUGAUGACUGGGCCGAAUAUGGUCUUCGCAAUGACCGCGUAUUCGUCUUCCGACGUGUUCGUGGAUGGGGCAUGAAGUAA